AUGGAGAGGCGCGAUGUCAGAGACAAGAAGAGAAUAGCUAUUAUAGGCGCAGGAAGUAGUGGACUGACCGCUAUCAAGUGUUGCCUGGAUGAAGGUCUGCUGCCGGUCUGUCUCGAGAAAGGUUCAGACAUCGGAGGUUUGUGGAGGUUCUCGCCCGAUGUGGUCGAUGCUACCGCGAGCAUCUACAACAGUCUGGUGAUCAACACUAGCAAGUUCAUGAUGAUGUUCAGCGAUUUCCCGCCUCCCGACUGCUUCCCGCCAUUUCUGACUCACGAGAAUGUCUUCGAGUACUUUCGUCUGUACGCGAAGCACUUUCACCUGCUCCCUCACAUUAUGUUUCACACGCAGGUGUGCCACGUGACCAAGUCCAGCGACUAUGACAGUACAGGACAGUGGGACGUCACCUUUAGGAGACAGGUGACAGCACACGACUGCUGUCAACACCUGCAGGAUGUCGUCUCUGAAAGAUUUGAUGGUGUCAUGAUCUGCACCGGUCACCAUUCUGUGCCGCAUAUCCCUCAUAUCCCGGGUUUGGACACCUUUCAGGGGACAGUUCUGCAUUCACAUGCCUACAAGGAUGCAAGUCCUUUCCAUGGAAAGCGAGUGGUCAUCUUGGGAUUUGGCAACUCGGCCGUGGAUAUCGCCUGUGACCUGGCCAAGUCUGCACAGCAGGUGUAUCUCAGUUCUCGACGGGGUGCCUGGAUAGUUCCCAGGACGGCGUUCUGGGGCCUGCCUGCGGACAUGCUGGCCAACAGUCGUCUGGUGUUCACGAUGCCCUACAGGCUGCUGGACUGGUGUGUCCAGCUGCAGGCCAACUUUAGGAUUGACCACGCCACCUACGGAAUAAAGCCUGCACACGGUGUUCUCAACUGCCACCCUACCAUCAACGACGAGCUACCUGUCCAUCUGGUCAGCGGUCGGGUACAGACGAGAGCCAAUAUCCUGUGUGUGGACACUAACAGUGUCCAGUUCGACGACCUCACGGUAUGCCCUUGUGAUGUCAUCAUUUUAGCCACGGGAUACGAGUACAGAGUGGACGUUGUGGACGAGCAGGUGUUCAAGGUGGACAACAACAGAAGUAGGCUGUAUAAGUAUAUGUUCCCACCACAUCUGAGCAAACCCACCUUGGCAAUCAUUGGGCUCGUACAGUCCAUUGGGGCCUCCAUGCCCAUUUCGGAGAUGCAGAGUCGCUGGUUCGCCAGAAUUAUGACAGGAGCCGCGAAGUUACCCAGUCAGCAAGAGAUGAUAGAUGACAUCAACAUGAAGGAGGCAGCCAUGUCCGACCUGUACGUGCGCUCUAGGAGACACACGCUGCAGACUUUCUGGAUCGACUACAUGGACCAAGUGGCAGCUCACAUAGGGGUCCGGCCUUGUUUGUGGAAGCUAAUGUGUUUAGAUCCGGAGUUGGCACUCAAGUGCUACUUGGGACCAUGUCUGCCUGCCCAGUACCGACUUAUGGGACCUGGCUCUUGGACAGGCGCGAGGCAGUUCAUCGUCAGCGCUCUCAGCAGAGUCACCAAGUUCAAACCACUCGACAAAGCUCCGUGUGCCGGCUCCACUGACUGGAGAGGCCAUGCCAGUUGUAGAGAGAUAACUGGUGUUCCUGUGAGCACGCCCGGUAGCUCAACUGGACCACACUGUUCCUAUCACCUGCAGACUGCAGGUGCACAGGUGUCGCUGGUGGGCAAGGCUGGGUCUCCUGCAGAAAGAACCACACGGCCAACCUCAGAAGGACGACCCGGAAGUAGAAGCUCGUCUCAAUGGACCACAUUUGCCUUUUACGUGGUAGUGAUGGCGAUCUGUUGUAUUGCAUGGCUAUUAAGUGUUCUGUGUAAUCAGGCUGAGUCUUUACUAAACGUUGUUGAUAAAAAGUUGCCUUUAGUUGAUUAA